CUAAUAAUAAAAAAUAUUUUCCUUAAAAAUGAAUAUUAUAAAGAUAUAACUAUAAAUAAAGGUCGUAGUGGAAAAUGUACUAACAUCAUCUCCAACUCUCUCUCGCGCGCACUCUCCCAAAUGCUAAAUCUCCAAACCCUAACCCUAACCCAAUUCAAUAUAAUUUCUCAUGAAAUUUACAGAUUGUAGGUUAUCUCUCUCCCUUAUACAUUCUUCUCUCAAGAAACCCUAGCUUCUAUUUCCUUCUUGUGAUUGAUAAUAGAGAUCUCGAAAGGCAAAUUCGGGUACUCGUUCCACCAUGGAAGGGUCUGUGGUGGAGGAUCUCGGGGCGCCGGAGUCCUGGGAGGUGGCCGAUUUGGAUGCCACCAUGAGCCGCUUGAUGCUUUCUUCAAACAAGGAAGCCAAAUCAGAAUUUCCUGAUGCUACUUCUUAUUCAGCUUCAGCUUCUGCUUCUUCGGCUUCGGCUGAGAAGGUGGUUGCGGAGGAUGUCAUUAACCAGGUUGAUCAGUUUCUCCGCGAGGCUAUCCAAAACCCUCGCGAGCGCCUUUCCAUCCUGAGGAUGGAGCAAGAUGUUGAAAAAUUUAUCCGUGAUCCUAUUCGGCAGCAAUUGGAGUUCCAGCAGCUGCCUACGUCAUAUUUAAGGUUGGCUGCACAUCGUGUGGCGCAGCAUUAUUCACUGCAGUCAAUGGUUUUAUUAGACAAUAAUACACCUGAUGGUUCUGGUUCUAGAAUUAUUGUCCGUAAGACUUCUGAAUGUAGGCUUCCUCUUGUUCGCCUGGCAGACAUCCCUGUAAAUUUACCAUCAGAAGACCCUGGUGUUGUUAAGGUGGCAAUUAAACAGAGGCCACAGCAAAGGUCUCAGCUUACCAGCAAUUCAAAUUCAAAUUCUUUGAAGUCAAACAACAGCAAAAGUGUGGAAGAAAGAAAAGAGGAGUAUAACCAAGCUAGAGCAAGGAUUUUUAACUCUAAUAGUUCUACCAGUGGUUCUGGUGGAAAAUCAGAGAGUGAACUGAGGUUGCAGGAUAUUUCCUACCACAGUUCCUCAGGAAUGCCAAAGAUGGAAGAGAAACCUGUUUCAGUGGUUUCUGACAUAAAUUUUGGUAGGGGUUUGAUUGAAUCCUCUACAAGUAGUAGUAGGUCAGCUAGAAGUAGGACAGAAAAGGAACCAAUUGGUAGGAGUAAACCAAAUAAUAGGGUGGCCAUCUUUCGGGAUCGUGAGACUGAACGCAAAGACCCUGAUUAUGACAGAAAUUAUGAUAGGUACAUGCAAAGAUUUGAUCCUGGGUUUAGGUUCAAUAGUGGACCAUAUACAAUGCAGCCUAUGUACACCCCUUCAAUUAACUACAACACUGAAUUUCCACAACUUGGAUCUACUCAUAGGCCUCAGAUAUCUACCGAACACCAACUUCGACCUCUUCCACAACAUUUACCUGGGCCCUGGCCGGUACCAUCAACUGCUGCAGGAAUUAGUUAUGGUCAUCCUGAAACAAUGAUACCAUCUUUUAAUCCAAAUCAUGUUGGUGCAUGCUCCACACCUGGCAUAUAUUUACAUUCUUCUCAGUAUCCUUGUCAGCAUCCUGGAAUGCCUUUCUUCCGCCCUCAUGACCAUGUUCACCAGCCUUUUUCGCAGUCUCAUCAACAGCAGCCUGAUGCUAGUUUUGGAUUAGCCCGGCCCCGUUGAGGGGCUUGGGCCAUGCCUGCACCCUGCCAGCUAAAAGUUGAUUUGGAAUAUGAUGGAUCAAUGCAGUUAAGAGUAAUCAAAACUGGCAGUAGUGCAGGCAUAGAGAACCGGGGUGAACUGGAAUGCUACAUCAUUUUGAUGGAUACGUGUUGAUACAUUCCACCACCCUCGAUUUAUCUUGGAGCUUCUUGUAUCUUUGGAAAAUGUUGGAGAAGCUUGUUUGGUUUUAGCAUAAUCAUUGCGGUUGAUGAUGAUGGAAAGUAGAUCAGAAUUAUUGGAGCUAAGAAUGUAAUCGCUCAUCGAUGAUGAAGCUAGAUGAGGAGCCAAAGGGAACUGGGAAGAUGUCUAGAAGUGGGCAAACUGCUUCUGUCCUGUUGGCCUUUGAAUGUGCAGCAUCUCCCUUUGGUAAAGCUUUCACUGUGAAAUAAUAUGCCUUUACUGUAAAAAUUGUUUGCUGAAAUAAUAAUGCAACCAGAUUACGUAUCAUAUAAGUAUUUGAUCCUGCCUAUUUUGAACCUUUUGAUUACGAGCUAAAGUUUAUUAAUAUUUUAGCUAGGUGUCCGAGUAUGUGUGGUCUUGAUUUCCACUCCCACAUCUGGAUGUUCUGAGAGUUGAGUUGUAGGAGCAAACUAGGAAAACGAGUAGUGUUUUCUGCUGGUUACUUUACCCAAGCAAUGACUGGCAUAUAUAACCAUUAUAGGACAGAUAAUGCUAUAGCUUUACUUUAAGAGCAAACUUAACCCAUAGCUAGUGAAAUGGGUCGCAAUUUCUUUCUGCAGCCUCAACAGAUGGUAGAAUAAACUGUGCCCAUUGAAAUUUACCAAGGAUCUAGUCGUGUGCGUGCUUUUCUUUGGUUCAUCAGGUUAAUGACAUUCAUGUGUUCAACAAGUAUUCAGAGCGAAAACUAUCAAACUAGAUAAUGAAAAUAUUUGAGUACCUGACAUUUUCCCUUUAUU